AUGCAGUCCUGUGCACGUUGUGGGUUUGUGGUCUACCCGGCCGAGAAGAUCAACUGCAUUGACCAGAAUUGGCACAAAGCAUGUUUUCACUGUGAUGUCUGCAAGAUGGUGCUGACCGCCAACAACUUUGUCAGCCACAAGAAGAGGCCAUACUGCUCUGUACACAACCCAAGGAACAAUACAUUCACCAGUGUCUACGAAACCCCCAUCAACAUCAAUGCAAAGAAACAAAGCAAAGCGAGCAGUGAGCUGAAGUAUCGUGAAGAUGGCGAUCGCUUUAUGUCCACCUUCCACCUUGACAUGAGGUCCAUGGAGCUGGAGAAGGCUCGUCUAGCCAAUCAGAUGGCCAGUUUGUCUUCCAUGUUCAAACAGGCCUUUCAGUCUCAGUCUGAGUUCUCACAACAGCAGACGUGGUACUCAGGCAUGGUGACCAACCAGGAAGUAGUAACAGUAUCUCAGGCCCAGAAGACCAUCAGUGACGUGAAGUACACGGAGGAGUAUGAACAGUCAAAAGGAAAAGGCAGCUUUCCUGCCAUGAUCACACCAGGAUACCAGACUGCAAAAAAUGCUAAUACUUUGGCCAGUAGCGUGGAAUAUAAAAAAGGACACGAGGAGAGAGUUUCAAAGUACACCACUUUUGUUGACCCCCCAGAGGUGCUUUUGGCCAAGAAACAAGGACAAAUUGCCAGUGAUUAUGCUUAUACAGAAGAGUAUGAGCAGCAAAGAGGCAAAGGCAGUUUCCCUGCACAUCUCACACCUGGAUACAUGAUAUCAAAGAAGGCUAGUGAGCAGGCCAGUGAUAUAAAAUAUCGUCAGAUGUAUGAACAGGAGAUGAAAGGUAAAGCCAGCACUGAGGUUGCAUUAGCUGAAGCAGUCCACGCCAAAGAAAAUGCUGAGAAUUUCAGCCACAUUGCCUAUACUGAAGAGUACGAGCAACAACGAGGCAAAGGAAGUUUCCCAGCAAUGAUCACUCCCGGUUAUUGUCUGGCAAAGAAGGCGCAGGAAAAUGCAAGUGAUCUAAAAUACAGAAAGGACUUAAAGAAAAUGAAGGGCACAUCGCACUACCACAGUCUGACCUCUGAGGACAAUCUGGCCUUGAAGAACGCCCGAAAAAUCAACAAACUUGUCAGUGAGGUGGAGUACAAAAAGGAUCUGGAGAAUACCAAAGGUCACAGCAUCAAUUUCUGUGAAACACCACAGUUUCAAAAUGCAGCCAAAGUAGCCAAGUUCACAAGUGAUAACAAGUACAAACAGAAGCACAGCCACUAUGAAGACUCUGGAAUCGAUAAGAAGACCAUGCAUGCCAUGAAAGUCAGGAAUUUGGCGAGUAAUAUUGCUUACAAACAAGGCACUGAACAGGAGCCGGGUGAAUACACCUACCAAGCCACCCUCACACCAGGCUACAAGAGCCAAAGGAAACUGGACAUACUAAAAGAUAAGAACUACAGGCAACAUAUUGACCAAGUCAAGUACAAUACAGUGGCAGACACACCUGAGAUUAUGCUAGCAAAGAAAAAUGCUGAUCUUGUCAGCAAUCGGAAUUACAAGGCAGACUAUGAAAAGACUAAGCAUCAGUACACACUGUCCAAGGACCUGCUCCAAAUCAAAAAAGCCAAAGCCAAUGCCGCUUUGAGCAGUGAUAUUAAAUAUAAGGAAGAGUGGGAGAAGACAAAGUCUAAAGCCUGCGACAUCGGUUUGGACGACCUGAGCGUCAAAGCAGCAAAGGCUUCUCGAGACCUUGCCAGUGAUCUUAAAUACAAAGAAGCCUAUUUGAAGAACAAAGAACAGGCAGUGGGGGUCAACAUGAGUGACUCCAAGACUCUGCACUCUCUUCAAGUGGCCAAGAUGAGCAGUGAUAUUGAGUACAAGAAGGGCUCCAAGGAGGCCCAGUCCCAGUACAGCCUUCCUAAGGAUAUGAUCAACCUGAGCCAUGCCAAAAAGGCCCAAGCCCUCGCUAGUGACCUGGAAUAUCGCACAAAGCUGCAUGACUACACUGUCAUGCCUGAUGACAUCAAGGUCCAGCAGGCCAAAAAGGCUUAUGCCCUGCAAAGCGAGAACCAGUAUCGUUCAGACCUGAACUGGAUGAAAGGAGUGGGCUGGGAGGCUGAGGGCUGUCUCAACAUAACUCAGGCCAAGAAAGCCGGAGAGAUGCUUAGUGAUAACAAAUACCGUCAGAAGGCAGACAGCAUCAAAUUCACCCAGGUGGCAGACGACCUCUCCAUCAAACACGCCAAGAAAAGCCAGGAACUACAGAGCGAUCUGGCAUACAAAGCAGACACAGAACAAAUCAUUCACCAGUACACCAUGACAAAGGACGAACCCCUUUUCAGACAAGCAAAAGCUAAUGCUGACCUUCUCAGUGGGAAAGUGUACAAGAGCAACUGGGAGAAGCAGAGGGAAAAGGGCUUCGAGCUGCAUUUGGACUCACUUUCUAUACUCACUGCCAAAGCGAAGAGAGAUCUGGCCAGUGAUGUCAAAUACAGGGAGCAGUAUGAGAGAAACAAAGGCAAGGUGAUCGGCAUUAAGUCAGUCAGUGAUGACUCUCAGAUGGCCCACUCCGCUCUGGCCACUAAACUACAGAGUGACCGCCACUACAAGAAGAGUUAUGAGGACACAAAGACCAAUGUCAGCGUUUCUCUGGAUAUGCUGAACAUCAGCCAUGCCAAAAAAGCUCAAGACCUGGCGACUGAUACCAAUUACAGGACUAUCCUCCAUGAUUACACUACGCUGCCAACUGAUAUGAAUGUCACCUGGGCAAAGAAGGUCUAUGGACUACAGAGUGAUAAACAGUACAGGUCCGAUCUGAACUGGAUGAAGGGUGUUGGCUGGGAGGCCUCAAAAUCUCUGGAUGUCCAGCAGGCGAAGAAAGCGGGGGAGCUCGUCAGUGAGAAAAAGUAUCGCCAGGAUGUGAGUGCUCUUAAGUUCACCAGUGUUGAAAACACUCCAGAGAUGGUCCAGGCCAAACUCAGCAACAAGCUUGCCAUUGAUAGGUUGUACAGGGAGAAGGGUGAAAACUUGAAGCACAACUACACAGUCAGUGAGGAGAUGCCUGAGUUUGUGCAGGCAAAGCUCAAUGCAAUGAACAUCAGCGAGAGCCGUUAUAAGGAAUCUUGGACUAAGAUACGUGAUGGUGGUUACAAGCUGCGUCUGGACGCCAUUCCUUUCCAGUCUGCCAAAGCAUCUGCAGAAAUCCUCAGUGAUCAAAAAUACAGAGAAGAUUUUGAGAAGACCAAAGGCAAGAUGAUUGGACUGAAGGGACUGCAGGACGACAUCAACAUGGCUCAUUCAGUUUAUGCCAGCAAGCUGCAAAGCGAUGUUAAGUACAAGAAAGACUCAGCAAAGGAGCUCUCGAAGUACAAUCUGUCCAUGGACAUGUUGGAGGUUGCCCAUGCUAAAAAGGCACAGUCGCUGGUCAGCGAUCAGGACUACAGGCUCACCCUUCAUGAAUACACUACACUGCCUGAUGACAUGAAAGUCCAGGCAGCUAAGAAAGCAUACGCUCUGCAGAGCGAGAAAGUGUAUCGCUCGGACCUGAACUACCUGCGUGGUGCAGCCUGGAUCGCAACUGGAGCUCUGCAGAUUGAAGGCUCCAAGAAGGCCACAGACCUUAUUAGUGAUAAAAAGUACCGCCAGCAGCCAUACCACUUCAAGCACACCUCUGUGGCAGACUCCCCAGAUAUCAUCCAUGCUAAACUCAGUGGACAGAUUACAAAUGAACGUUUAUACAAAGAAAAAGGGGUGAAUGACCAACACAACUACACUAUCACAACUGAACAACCAGAGAUGACUCAAGCAAAGAUAAAUGCAGCCAACUUUAGUGAGGUCAAGUACAAAGAGUCCUGGCACACUCUGAGAGCUCAGGGCUACAAACUCACCAUGCAGGACAUACCUUUCCAGGCUGCCAAGAGUUCCACCGGCAUCGCCAGUGAUUACAUGUAUAAACACAACCAUCUGCUGGAAAAAGGGAAACACAUCGGCGCCAAAAGUGUCCUGGAUGACCCACGUCUGCUGCACUGCCUGCAGGCAGGUCGACUGGCCAGUGACCAGGAGUACCGCAAGGAUGCGCUGACAGCCAGCGGGCAGUACCACCUCACCCAAGACAUGAUUCACCUGAUGACUGCCAAGAACGCUCAAGCUCUCGCCAGCGAUCAGGGCUACAGGAAGAAGCUGCACGAGUACACCGUGCUACCCGAUGACAUGAAAGUCAAGUGGGCCAAAAAGGCUUACGAUCUGCAGAGUGAGAAACUGUACAAGUCAGACCUCAACUACAUGAAAGGAGUGGCUUGGGAUGGAGUGGGUGCACCUCAGCUGGAGUCAGCCAAGAAGGCUGGAGAACUUUUAAGUGACAAGAAGUAUCGUCAGCUGCCAGACAGCCUGAAGUUCACCUCAGUGACUGAUUCUCCUGAUAUUGUUCAUGCUAAGACAAGCUAUCAGCAGUGCAGUGAGAGACUGUACAAAUCAGGAAAGAACGAUGACAUGCAUAAGUACACCUUACACUCAGAUGAUCCAGACUUCAUCAGAGCCAAGAUUAACGCCCAGCAGAUAAGCGAUAAAGUCUACAAGGCAUCUGGGGAGCAGGUGAAGACACUGGGCUGUGACUUGAGGCUGGAUGCUAUUCCCUUCCAAACUGCCAAGGCCUCCAGACAAAUUGCCAGUGAUUUCCGCUACAAGGAGUCCCAUCUGAAGGAGAAGGGCCAGCAGGUGGGGCUGCGCUGUGUGGAGGAUGACCCUAAGAUGGUGCACUCUCUGGCCGCCAGCAAGCUCCAGAGCAACCUGGAGUAUAAACGCCAGUCCAAGGAGGACCGCUCCAACUACAAAAUCCAUGCUGACCAGCCUGAGUUCCUGCAGGCCAAGAAGAGUCAAGCGCAGGCCAGUAACCUCAGCUACCGCCACAAGCUCCACGACUACACCUGUGACCCCGAACAACUCAAUCUCAAGCAUGCCAAGCAGGCCUACAAGCUGCAGAGUGAUGUGAACUACAAGUCUGACUUGAACUGGAUCAGGGGAGUGGGCUGGACCCCUCCUGGCUCCCACAAGGCCGAGCUCGCCCGACGGGCUGCAGAGCUGGGGCUGGCUGAGGGAGUUAGCACUGAUGAAGCUAUCUCAAAGUACCAGAACAUGAUGAUGGUGUAUCGCCAGCAGCAGAUGGAGCAGCAGCAGAUGGAGCAGCAGCAGCAGCAGCAGCAGCAGAUGUCAGAGCAGGUAGAGAGCAGCGAGGAGAUUCAGCAAGGCGUUAACAUGGAUGCCAUGGAGGUCCUUCACGUCAAGAGAAAGAAGACCACCCAGAUGGUCCAGAAAAAGUCCAGUUCUACCACCACCUCAUUCAGAUCCAUGGAGAAGAAGUCUAGCAGCACCACCUCAUCCUCCUCUUCUGCCCUCCAGAACACAAUCAAGACAUCAAUGUCUAGUAAAGCAGCUGCGAUAGAAGAUGCAUAGAGUUUUUAUAGAUAUUAGUGUUUAGAGAAUGUUAAAGAGAGGCCCUUUCAGGAUGUACUUUGAACUUUUACUGAGUGGAGAACUUUACAGAUGGUAUUUGUGGAAUCUACUUUGAUGGAAUGACUCUGUAGUUACAUGAGAUGAGAGAUAUGUAGCAUGCAGAGCACAGUAAGUGCAACAAUGAACUAUAAUAUUGAGUUAAAUGAUUAAUAAGGGACUUAAGCAUGUUGAAUGGAGGCAAGAUUUGUCAUGUUUGUUAAAGGAAUUGUAGACAUACAGUAUGUGGUGAACAAAAAGGAAUUUAGAAAGAAACUUUAUUUUGGGAUUGAAUGCAGUGCAUUUUUUGACAUGAAUGGGAUACAUAGAUCAUAAAACUACCUCUAAAGGACCAUGUUCAACAUCAGUUCAAUCAAAAACAUAAAUAUUGGCAUAUCUGAAUUUAGGUUGGUUCAGGACUGCAUGAAAGAUUAAAUGGAAAGCAUUUUGCUUUUGUAUAAUGAAUGUUCAGAAGAUUGGGAGCUGGAGCAGAUAUUGCUUUAUGGCCAACACUGAGAAGAGCAGAGGAUUUUUUUUAAUUAUUUGUUUUUUAUCUUUAGUGAAGAACACAUCCUGUAAGUUCAUAUGAACAAGGCACAAACGAACUAUGCGAAAAAAGCAGUUUUCCUACCAGGUCUAAUAAACUAGUGCACUUUGACCUAGGCUCAGUGAGGGGUAAAGGCCUACUGUAAUGAUGUGUGAUCAACAUUUUGUCUGGCAGGUUCAGCUUUGUGAGUUUGUAACGGUGCCUGUUUUAACUCAAAGCUGGGCUGGGAGUAAAUGCUUGGUUUUAUUGCUGA